GUUGCAUCCUGGGCCUCGGCGUGUAGUUUGUGGGAGCUGUCAUGAACCCCGAGAGCUUCGCGGCGGGCGAGCGGCGAGUUUCGCCGGCAUACGUGAGGCAGGGCCGCGAGGCUCGGCGCGCGCACGAGCACCUCAUCCAGCUGCUUCUAGAGCAGGGCAAGUGUCCAGAGGACGGCUGGGAUGAAAGCACACUUGAGCUCUUUCUGCAUGAGCUUGCAGUCAUGGAUAGCAACAAUUUCUUGGGUAAUUGUGGGGUGGGAGAAAGGGAAGGGAGAGUGGCCUCUGCUUUGGUUGCUCGUCGUCAUUACAGGUUCAUCCAUGGAAUUGGGCGGUCUGGUGAUAUUUCUGCUGUGCAACCAAAAGCUGCAGGCUCUAGCCUCUUGAACAAAAUUACCAAUUCUUUGGUGCUUAAUGUCAUCAAGCUGGCCGGUGUUCAUUCUGUGGCCAAUUGCUUUGUAGUUCCUAUGGCAACUGGUAUGAGUCUAACCUUGUGUUUCUUAACAUUGCGACACAAAAGACCUAAGGCCAAGUAUAUCAUAUGGCCGCGAAUAGACCAGAAGUCCUGCUAUAAGUCCAUGGUCACUGCAGGUUUUGAACCAGUGGUGAUUGAAAAUGUUUUGGAAGGCGACGAGCUGCGUACUGACCUGAAUGCCGUGGAGGCUAAAGUCCGGGAACUCGGGCCUGAUCAUAUUCUGUGCAUUCAUUCUACUACAUCCUGUUUUGCUCCAAGGGUGCCUGAUAGAUUAGAAGAACUGGCUGUGAUUUGUGCUAAUUAUGACAUUCCGCAUGUAGUCAACAACGCUUAUGGAUUACAGUCUUCCAAGUGCAUGCAUCUCAUUCAGCAGGGGGCUCGGGUUGGUAGAAUCGAUGCUUUCGUUCAGAGCUUGGACAAAAAUUUUAUGGUUCCAGUAGGUGGUGCUAUAAUUGCUGGCUUUAAUGAAUCCUUCAUUCAGGAAAUUAGCAAGAUGUAUCCAGGAAGAGCUUCAGCUUCGCCAUCCUUAGACGUCCUCAUCACCUUGUUGUCACUGGGCUGCAAUGGCUACAAGAAACUGUUAAAGGAAAGAAAGGAAAUGUUUGUCUAUUUGUCCACCCAACUGAAGAAGUUGGCUGAGGCCUACAAUGAAAGACUGCUACAGACACCUCACAACCCUAUAUCUUUAGCUAUGACACUCAGGACAGUAGAUGAGCAGCAUGACAAAGCUGUCCCCCAGCUUGGGUCAAUGCUUUUUACCAGACACGUUUCUGGAGCCAGGGCUGUGCCUCUUGGGUCUGUGCAAACUGUGAGUGGCCACACUUUUCAAGGCUUCAUGUCCCAUACAGAUAAUUACCCUUGUGCUUACCUCAAUGCGGCGGCAGCCAUCGGGAUGAAGAUGCAGGAUGUGGACUUGUUCAUAAAGAGACUUGAGAAGUGCUUAAACACCUUAAGAAGAGAACAAAAUAGAGCAAGUGCUGUGUCUGUAGCUGACGACAGUAACAGAGCUGGAGAUGUGGACAUUGAGGAAAUGGCUUUGAAACUCGAUAGUGUGCUUGGUGACAAGGACCAACUUUCAUGACACAGGUUUCUUUUUGCUACGGUUCAUACAAGCACUUUAAAGGAUAUAUUUAAAGUUUUGAAUUGAGAAUUUUAUAGAGAAUGUUCUGUCAAGGAAGAGACUGGUCUGAGGGUAGCUGUUGGUGAUUGCUGUUUUUUUAUCCUUAGAAUACCUCAGUCCUUAUCAUUCUUCACAGGUUAUAACAUGCAGUCACAACGAACAUUAUCUGAUUGUUAUAUUAGUUAAACAACACAAUUCAGAUGAUUCUUACUAAUAUAAACUGUAAAGUUACAUGUAAUUCUUAUUGAAAUACAGAGUGCUUCUUCUUAGUUGUUCUCCGGCAUUCAAAGAUGUUUUUUCUUUUUUGUUUCUGAUCACACAGAAUUGAGAAAGAUGUUCCCAGUGUUGCUAAAUACUAGGUGCUUGUUUAGCUGUCUGUGCCUGUAAGAGGGAGUCCUUAAGGGAGCAGAGGCAAGACAUAGUUUAAUGUAAACCUAAGGGCAGUUUUCUCAACUAGACUGUCUUGAUUAUAUAAGCAACAUAUAUAAGACCCAAAGUGGGUGUUAGUGACAUUAAAUGGUAGAAGCCGGUGGUUCUGCUCAAUGUCUGUCUUACUGUCCAGCACAUGGUUUCCACAAGAGAAUUCUCCAGAUGUCAGUAGUGAUAUGAGUCAUGGAAGCGAGCCCCUCAGUAAAGUCGCUUUGUGUGGCAGCUUGCUCCUGCGCUGCCUGAUGGCAUUGCUGUUCGUGGUGGGCUGCAUGGAAGUCAGUGGUCCCAUGAGGUACAACACCUAGUGAUGAGAUGGCUCUCUUGGUUUGUUAGUUAUGAGUCAUACUGUUCACAUACAUAUAAAAUCAGCAAAUUAUACAUUUUUAGACCAUAUCAGUGACAUGUAACUGCAUAUCAAAAAGGACAGCUCUGUGAUUGUUACCAAGUUUACUGCAUAGAAACUCUUAACAGCCAGCACCGUUUGUUCUAAACAAGUUGCUAUAAAUGGUUUUUUAUAAGUCUGCUCAUUUUUCCAUUUGGACAACUGAAAACUAUUCCCCAUACUGUCUUGGCUUUAAGCGGCCUUUGUGAAUUGACUAGUUCACUCAGGUGUUGUGCACAGCCGCCAUCAGGACUGUCAAAAUUAUACAGUACUGCAAAUGUAUGUUUUAUAUAGGCAGAAAGAAUAUUUAGGUUUGUAGUACUAUGUGUGUGUGUGUGUGUGUAUGGCUCAAUGGCUCUAACAGUGAUUUUUGUUAAUUUAAACAAAAAACAGACUGGGGAAUUAGACCACCAUGCCAAAGCUAUAUUCUCAGACCUGCUCUGUGGAGUGUCAUUCUACCCAAGACAUACUCAUGGGGAAAAGGGUCUAUGGAGAAAUAAUUUGGGAAAAUGGCUUUGUAAAUUUGCUCAUAGUGUAUUAAAUGCUGUAAGAGGAUUCCUUUAGUAAAGGGUGACCUGCUUUUCUAAACAGGAGCCAGUUCUCCGAAGUGAAACAAACACUCAUAAUGUCUCCUCAAACAUACUCUUCCAACACAAUGGGCCAAAUGUGUUGGCCUCUGGAUUCUGUUGCUUGUAUUAGUUGGCACUGAGCUGUGUAUGAAAAGGGGUCGUUCAUAGAGGGUUUAUAAAGUUGAGUUCAGCCAGAUGCUGAUUGUGUAAGUUGGGCUAUGUAAGCCACUGAUAUCCAUGGAAGUGAAGGUUUGCUGGCUGGAGAUAACUCCCUUGAAGAUAUCUAGGUGGUUCCUAAAUACAUUCUGUACUCAGUGGACCAGACACUGAAAUGGCUCAUGAGUAGCUACAGUAACUCGUUACAUGGGAGUAAUCCUGGACUGAAAAGGCGUGUGCUGUUUUCUUGCUGGAUUCAGGACUGCCCUGUAGACCUGAUGAAGCUACAGAAGCCCAGUCUCCAUGGAGCCCAGGAGGGUCAGAUGCUGCUGCCAAUGGAAAUGCUGGCAGUGCAGCUUCCUAUGCAUCAGGCCGAAAUGAUUUUCUAGAACAAGUGAUCUAUAUUGUGUGAUCAUCAUUUUGCUUAAGAAAGGCCAGAGUCCAGAGACUGAAGAUGCUUCCUCAUCUGCCGAGUAUCAGCAGUUCUUGGGCUUCAGCUGCUGAAUGGAUAAUAAUUCUAAUUGAAGAUAAAUUACAUGAGCCCACAUGUGAAAGAUAGCUAUGGUAUAACAUUUAUUCCUGGCACAUAAAAUCUCUUGCAGUUUUGGUUAUUAACCCUUUCCCUUUUAAGUGGUUUUCAAUUCCAGUUCUUCCUCCUGGCUCCAACUUUGACCCUAAGGUUGCUCAGUUGUUUUUUUUUUUUUUUU